AUGACUGCCUGCAAACCUUGCUCCACUUCAGUUGACACUCAGGCUAAGCUGUCAUCAGAAGGUGCACCUGUGGCUGACCCAUCCGAGUACCACAGUUUGGUUGGCGCUCUUCAGUAUCUGACCUUCACCAAACCAGACAUACAGUAUGCUGUUCAGCAUGUCUGUUUGCAUAUGCAUGACCCUCGGAAGCCUCAUCUCACUACCGUGAAGCGUCUCCUCCACUACCUGCAGGGCACCGUCGACCUCGGUCUCUUCCUCGGCCGUAUCUCACCUUCUGCGCUCACCGUCUACACAGAUGCAGACUGGGCGGGUUAUGCCGACACGCGUAAGUCCACCUCGGGCUACGCUGUGUGA